AGUGCUAACGCGGACUCGGUAGGUUAAGUUGUAAGUGAUAAUUGAGGGUGCGUUUUAACAGUUCUAAGUAACUUUACCGGUGUACUUUAAGUUAAAAUUGUGUUUGUUGAAAUUGUUUGUUUAUAUCUUCUCAUCUCCUGCAUUCCUACGAUGUUGUUCAGCAUUCUAGUCUACUUGUUCUACUACGCGGUGUACACCAUCCUGCUGGCCAUAGCUGGUCUCUGGUGCUUUGAGGAGUGUCUCCUGACUGAGGACGAGGAGUACGAGUUUACCCACCAGUACCGGGCCAUGCCGUACUGAUUGAUACUUGUGACAGCUUGCUUGGUGCAAAUUGUUACCAGGACAGUCAACCAGUUACAGACUUCAUAGUGAAGUGGCAGUGACAAGUGAGAAGUGAGACUGAGACAAUAAUAAUAAUAAUUAUUAUUAUUUCCUAUUAAUAGUUCAGUGCCUAAAUAAUAAGCAAACAUGACCGGUUUUGUGAAAAUUGCCAUAGACGAUUACUAUUCGGACAGCAAUUGGACGACAAUCAUUAAUAAAUACUGGAUGCUGGCGGAACGAGUGUCAGAUCCUCGUGUCCAAGGAUGGUUUCUGUUCGACACUCCGCUGCCGACGGUGGCAAUGGUGUGCGUGUACCUGGCGUUCGUGAUGGUGGUCGGACCACUAUGGAUGGCGAAUCGAAAACCCUUCCAAAUCCAGAACACAUUAGUUGCGUACAACGCUCUACAAGUUCUGCUGUCCUCUUAUAUGUUUUACGAGCACUUGGCGUCAGGCUGGUGGGGAGACUACAGCCUGUCAUGUCAGCCGGUGGACUACAGUGACAGUGAUAAAGCGAGACGGAUGUUACAUCUCUGCUGGGUGUACUACUUCUCGAAGCUAUCAGAGUUUGCCGACACCGUGUUCUUCGUGCUCCGUAAGAAGAAGAGUCAGAUCACGUGGCUGCACCUGUACCACCACUCACUGACCCCCUUCGAAGCAUGGCUGCUUGUCAAAUUCAUUGCCGGUGGUCAUGGAACGUUCUCGAACAUUGUAAACAACUUGGUGCACGUGAUCAUGUACAGCUACUACAUGUUGGCGGCGAUGGGACCUCAGUACCAGAAGUACCUGUGGUGGAAGAAGCACCUCACUACCCUGCAACUAGUCCAAUUCUUCAUGGUGCUCUUCCACUCCAUCAGCGCAUUGGUUUAUGACUGUGGUUAUCCUAAAUUCAUCGCCGGAGGCUUAAUCUUGCACUCGACCAUCUUCAUAGUCCUUUUCAUGAACUUCUACAUGCAAGCAUACAAGAAGGAAAAGCCGAAACAGAAGCCAGCAGCAGUAGCCAUCAACAAUAACAACAACGACGAGACUCUUCUUCCCAAUGGAAUGAUCAAAAGUGAGACCAAUGGACAUCUCAAAAACGGUCUCAAUGGCCAUGUCCAAAACGGAGAUCUCAACGGUCAUAUCAGAAAUGGUGACCUUCACACAACAUUAAGAAACGGGGACCUAAAUGGACAUCUCAAAAAUGAACUAAAUGGACACAUUAAAAACGGUGACUUAAAUGGACACCUUAAAAAUGGUGAACCGAAUGGUUUUCUAAAUCAUGAAGCCAAUGGACGGGUGAAAUUAAAUGGUCAUUUGCAAAAUGGUUACACGAACGGUCACGUGAUACACGAUGUUACAGAUAAGGAAAAAGUGCAAUAGCCUACAAUGUGUUGUUAGGUUACAUUGUAUGCUUUUUAUAACCUAAACCAAUUUGUUUGGAGAGUCGGAGAUACUUGAGUUUUUAUAGAUCCCUUUUAUAGAAAAAAAGUAAGUCGAUGAUUGGAGAAAGUAUAAUUUCUCUAAGUAGACGUUACGUGUAGCUUUCAAUCUGUACCCUUAGUGCGAGAUUGCUUUACAUUGAACCAAAACGAACCGAGAGUGCGUUUGGCUCUCUGAUUGGUUGGUGCGAAUGUUUCAACCAAUCAGAGCGCCAACACGCUCUCAUUAAACGUGAAACAAACUCGUACUAAGCCUUCUAAACCACCAUCACGUUCAACGUUAUGGCGGUCGACUAAACAUAAAAAUAUAAACAGUGACAAAAAAAUAAGUAUGUACUUAUAAUAAACUACUGCUCCAUUCAUUUCUAUGACAAGACUUAUUAGUAUUUUCAAAACUCUAAACAAAAUAAUUGUACAGUUAGAACCAGUGUAUAAACAAAUUAUUCAUGUGAGCUAUAUUUUAAAAUUUAAAAUGGUGCGUCCUAAUUCCUUUAUAAAUACUUAAUACCUUCCUUUUUGUAAAUAAGUUUCGACAUAACCAACAAAAAGUAAAAAUAUUUUUCUCUGCUUUUUAUAUUUUUUGUUAACAGUUUAAUGUUAAAACUACCUCAUGAGUGAACUUAUAAUAAAUAAAUUUACUUAACUAUAAGUAAAAAGUCUUGAAAUUAUAUUUAAAAGAAAAACAUCGAAAUGAGGCUGUUGUUGCUCAAUUAAUUUUAAAAAUGUCUUCUUUUUUCGUGAAAUUUAUUUGCUCACAAUAUAUUUUAUACUAAAAGACUUGCCUAAAAGGCAUUAGUUACUGUACUUUCCGUCCAAUACUAAGCUUUAUUUAGUUAUAAGUAACAGUAGCUGUACAUAAAGAGUUUAAUUUAUUUUUUGUUUGUUUAUCAAAGUACAAGGAAUCAUGUUUGAUAAUACAGUCGACUCUCGUUAAUUCAAACAUUCGAUAAUUUGAAACUCUCUAUAAUUCGAAAUAAUCACAAGGUCCCUGGAAAAUCUAUUUAUAUAUCGAACUAAAUCAACACAUUUUUAUACACUAGAUAAUUCGAACGAAAACAAAAAACAAUUCUACGUAACUAAAUGACACGGUAAUUCGAAAUUAUCAGCGUCAAACCCUCGACAAUUUGAUAUUGCAAAAAAACUCAGAACUGACAGAGGUCAUUACCAACACUUUGAAGCAAAUUAAGAUUUCGGACCAUUUGAAAUUUCGAACAUUCAAUAAUUCGAACUAUUUUAAGAGUUUCUCCAGUUUCGAAUUAACGAGAGUCGUCUGUAUGUAGGUACUUUUCACAAGUCCAAGAAAUAGAACUGGAUAUUUAUUCUUUUUAUUUUUUAAACUUGAUUAGUUAUUUCUUGUAAAAUACAAAAAAUCAAGUGGUCUUAUAACAGUGAUUACUAAAAAUAAUUAUUGCUUAUAUGUUGUAAAUAUUAUAUAAUAUCGUUGAGAUUAAUUUACAGUUUACGUGCGUGAUGGGAGUGAUAUUUGAUUAUUUUUUUACAAAAUAAUAUUAAAGUAUAUUACAGUUUUGUACUUUAUUAUUGUCGGUGGGUGAAUGGGAGGAAACUCUCUUGAAAAUAAUAUAUGUUAAAAUAUGCUAAGGAAACCAGUCAGUUUUAGCGAAAUUUUUGUAUUAAUAAAUAAGGUGUUUUAUACAUACAUAGACUUAAUUAUUGUAAGUGAUAUGUGGUAAAACUUGUGUAGCGUCCCUUUUAUACGAUAAGUUUCAAAAAUAAAUAUUUGAAAUUA